GAAUCUGGGCCUUUGGUAAAUUUGGUAAGCGUUCCCAGAAGUCUCGCGAUGUUGCGCCUCUGCGUUUAGAAACUGCUAGAGGGCGGCUGUUGGUAGAAGAUGUUUUAUGUUCUCGCGACAUUACCUGCUGCGGAACUCCCUGUCACCUGAGAAGAACUGAGACCGGGGAAAAUAAAUUAGGAAGAGACUAUGUCUGUGAAUGAUGAUGGGUAUGUGGUGAGAAUUCGUGGCUUGCCUUGGUCCUGCACCCAGGAAGAGGUGGCAGGGUUCUUCUCUGAUUGUAACAUCGUCGGGAAAGUGAAUGGAGUGUGCUUCACGUUUUCCAAAGAAGGAAGGCCCAGUGGAGAAGCUUUCGUGGAGCUGAAAUCAGCAGAGGAUUUUAAAAAAGCCAUAGCAAAGGAUAGGAAACACAUGGGUCAUCGCUAUAUUGAAGUUUUCAAGUCAAACCGUAGCGAGAUGGACUGGGUGUUGAAACGCAGCGGCCCUACUGACUACGACAGCUGCAGCGGGUGUAUGAUACGUCUCCGGGGACUUCCUUUUGGCUGCAGUAAGGAGGAGAUAGUGCAGUUCUUUGCAGGGUUGAAAAUCGUGCCAAAUGGGAUAACAUUGCCGAUGGACUACCAGGGGAGGAGCACAGGGGAAGCCUUCGUGCAGUUUGCCUCAAAGGAGAUAGCAGAAAAGGCACUGGGGAAACACAAGGAAAGAAUAGGGCACAGGUACAUAGAAAUCUUUAAGAGCAGCCGGAAUGAGAUCCGGGCUUACUAUGAGCUCCCCAGAAGGAUGAUGGGGCAGAGACCCAGUCCCUACGACAGGCCCAUGAUGGAGCGAGGUGGGUUCUUCCCUGGUCCAGGACGGGGGGGUGCUCUUUUGGACCAAAUGCGUGGAGGAGGCUAUAGUGGGGGCUAUGGCGGCUUUGACAACUACAAUGGCUUCAGUAAUUACUGUUUUGGCAAUGGCAUGUUUGAUGACCGAAUAAGGGGCGACAGAGGAAGAGCUAUAGGUGGCCAUGGCUACGGUGGUGCAGGUGAUCAUAGCUCCCACAGCGGCUCCCACAGCGGCUUCCAUAGUGGCCAUUUUGUACACAUGAGGGGCCUGCCUUUCCGUGCCACUGAGGGAGACAUAGCCAAUUUCUUCUCCCCAUUGACUCCUGUGCGAGUUCAUAUCGACUUUGGACCAAAUGGGAAAUCCACAGGCGAGGCCGAUGUUGAGUUUAGAUCUCAUGAAGAUGCUGUUUCAGCUAUGUCGAAGGACAAGAAUCACAUGCAACAUCGAUACAUUGAGCUCUUCUUAAACUCAACUGCUAGUGGAGCUUCUGAAAUGGGCCGAGGCGGCGGUUUCUAUGGUAACUCAGGAGGCAUGGGCUUGAGACGGAGUGGACUGAGGGGGAUGUUCUAAACAGGAGUAAUCACCAUUCUAAACCAAACGUUCAAGUCUUGAAGAUUUGUUUUGUAUUUGAAUGUUUUCACAUGUUCAGAAAAAGUACCUACUUAAAAUAUUUCCAGUCUCAAAGAGUGGAAUAAAAAGUAUAUAUUUGAGCAGUUGCAUAGGCUAACCAACUAUUGUACAUUUUACUUAAUACAUUUUAUAUUUAA